AUGGACAGUUAUGCCGACUCACCAUAUGCCGACCCCAUCGAUGCAAUCGACAUCCCGAAGCGAUUCAGCCCACCCAAUAUUCCCAUGUAUGAUGGAAUGACUGAUCCGAGGGAGCACAUCUUAACCUACAAGCAACGAAUGAUGACUAUCCCAGUUCCCAAGCAUAUGAGGGAAGCUAGCCUUUGCAAAGGAUGCUUGGAGAAGCAGACAAGCGACCUGUACCGUGUGGUCCAACGACCUGACGAACCUCUAAAGGACUACAUAGCUCGGUUCAUCAGGGAGAAGGUAAUCGUACCAGAAUGUGACGUCCUGAAAGCAAUCGAAGCGUUCAGACAAGGAUUGUAUGGCGAAACCGAUCUUUGGAGGGAUCUGAUCAAAUACCCCUGCAAGACGUUUGAGGACGCUCAAGCCAAAGCAAUGGCCCAAGUCAGGUUGGAAGAAACUCUCUAUUCCAGGAAAGGAACCAAUGACUACACCAAGACGGAGAGGCGAUUGCCCUACCCCAAGAGAAAUAGUGAUCGUCCUGCCCCUUAUUCUCGACCUCAACACAUGGGGAAAGCUGUGCAAUGGCCACCGAAGUCCAGUAAACCCGAAUCAAAGAAGGACCCCUCAAAAUGGUGUGAUUUCCAUGCCGACAUCGGUCAUACCACCAACGAUUGCGUUGCGUUAAGGAGAGAACGAAGAGGGGACAUCUCGGACAAACAUCACGACGGCCUGGUGAUAUCCAUUCCUGUUGGAAACUGCAUGAUCAAACGAGUCCUGGUCGACAACGGCAACUCAACUAAUGUGAUGAUGUUCGACGCCCUCAAAGAGAUGGGGCUCAACCCGGAUAUAGAUGUCGUCAAGAAAUCACCGUGCUGA